AUGCGUCACAUGAAAACGAGGAAGCCGCUCUCUUGUCGCGCUGCUGUUCUUGCUCGCCAUUUCAUCGCCUACGAAUCUCUCUCCGUAAGGACUUCGAAUGUUACACGCCCACGCAUUAGUUACUUUCAACUAGAUUGUAGCAGUAUGAAGUUGUAUGCAAAGGGAGCUGUAGGUGACCCCACUAGGUUUGGUGAUUGUCCUUUCUGCAUGCGUGUGUGCAUGGCUCUCACGUUGAAAGGUGUGAAGUUUGAAAUGGUUUACAUUGAUUUGUCAAACAAACCCCAGUGGUUUGUGGAGUUGAGCAAGAGAGGAGGAGGAAAGGGCACAACUCCAGUCUUGGUUGAUGGAGACAAAGUUCUUGUUGAUUCGGGUGAUAUUGUUGAAUAUUUGGAGACAACAUACCCUGACAAGAGAAGUCUUCGUCCUGUCAACCCCAAUGCCAAUAGUGCAGGUGCAGACAUUCUUGCCAAGUUUGCUGCUUUUGUGAAAAACAAGGACAAGGAAAAGGAUGGGAACCUGAGGGCAGAGCUUGAUGCUUCGCUGAAGGAGUUUGAUUCUUAUCUUCGUCAACAUGGGGGGCCUUACAUUGAUGGUGAUUGCCUCACUCUUCCUGAUUGUUCUAUUUUACCAAGGCUGUCAAUGGUUCAGAUAGCUGGAAAGCACUUCAAAGAUUACUCUAUUCCUGCAGAUUUAAGUGCACUUCAAACUUACAUGAAAGCUGGUCUGAACGACGAAACAUUCAAGAAGUGUACAUGCUUACCACAAGAUAUUAUUGAUGGCUGGAAGAAACAUCUGGGCUAACACACCAUGCACAUGACACGUGGGAUGUACACUUUUUGUGUUUUUUUUUUGUAUAAAGUGUUUGGCUUCUGGCUGUGAGCUAGUAGAUUCCAUUUGUGAUCUAGUGUUAAUUAAAUGCAGCAUAUUAUGUUUGUUCUAUUGCUGGAUCUUGGUUCAUGUAAAUGGAAAGCGAAUUAAAUGAGUCAUCUGCA